AAAAAGCCAAAAAGUCACCCUAAAAACCUAUAUACACUAGCUGCACGUGAAAGCUGCCAGCUGUAGUGUAAAAUGACCGUUUUGCCCCUCUUUCAUUUUGUUUAUCUCGUUUUCACCCUUGCCUUUAUGUCAAACAUUGAUGGGGAUAUUAGCAGACCUACUCUCCCACAGGGUGUAGUAGCUACGGUUGUGUAGCUACAUCAAACGGUGAAGAUGAAGAUGACCCUUCGUUCAAGGCUGGAUCAUAGUAGAAACUCUGAUCUGAAGAGAAAGAGGAACCAAGAGACGACGAUAGUCCGCCAAGGCAAACGGAAAAGCAGUCCCUCCUCCGACGAUCCCCCCAACUGCAGUCGCAUGGCUUCAACUCGAUCCGGCUCUCGUACCCCUUCCGGGAAAGGGAAUGGCCCAAAACCUUAUCACAAAGCCAAUUGGGACUGGGAGGACACACGUAUCUACUUGGAACUUGUUGUCAAGGAAAUAGACGCAGGUAACAGGCCGCACAUGUCAAUAAAUCCGAAUGGGUACCGGUCUUUGGCUAAGACUUUUGAGGCAACAACUGGGUUGACACAUAGCAUGAAACAACUGAAAAAUAGGUACAACCAACUAAAGGCAGAGUGGCGUGCAUGGUCGAAGCUAAUGGAUAGCAGCAAAGGCCCCACUGGAAUUGGGUUCGACCAAGAGACUGGCUUGAUCAAUGCGUCGGAUGAAUGGUGGGCUACAAUGGAGAAGGUAACGACUUGAACUCAUGUUUACAUAAUUUUGUGUUUCAUAAUGUCGUUGAAAUUGAAUCUGCUGCAAUACAAGUAUUCAUAGAGACAUGUUGAAUUCAAAUACAUUUGAUUAUACGUCUCAAGUAGGCAUACCAAACAAGACUAUUUACAUCUGAAGUGCUAAACUGCAUAAUUUCAGGAACCUCGUACCAGAUAUAUGUACAGUUCAAUGUUGAUUGAGGGAAUAUAAUGAUGCUCACUUUGUGGUUACACCAGUUUUGGCAUGACAUGUCAUGUGUUUUUUGUAAAACCUUUGUUUGAUCUUCUUGAAAACUUUCCUCAGUAUCUCAGUAAUGUGGAAAUGUAUAAUUGUCAAGAGUUGAUUUCACUUUUUACUUUGUCGUUGCCUAGACCGUCUCAGAUUUCUACCUUAAUUUUUCUUUCACAAUUGGAUCUAUCAUCACGUGUUUUUUUGUUUCACUGUUUUCCCCAUUUUCUGUCAUUGAUGUAAUGAACUCCAGCAAUGUGUAAUGAAUGAUGACAAGAUAUGCUUCUAUUUUUAGAAGCCUAUACUGUAAGAUCCUGGGAAUUACAAUUUCACUUCGCUAUCAUAUAAUAAUC